CAGAAACUGAGGAGAAGAGGAGAAGAGGAGCAGAGAGGAGGAAGAGUGUGACCGACCUGAACUCACAGGAGCUUCAUACCUGCUCACAGAGGAGCUGACAGCUGCAGGUGAGCUCAGCUGCUCCUCACACACCAGAGGAGAGAGAGAGGAGCCGCCGGGAAGUGGAGGAGAAGAAACUUCCAUCGUUCAAAGUCACUUCAGAGGAGAGAGAGAGAGAGAGAAAGAGAGAGAGAGAGAGUCAGGGGAGUGAGACGGUGGCACAUGUAACAUGCCAUCGAUGAAGGAGGAUUAAAUCUCGGGUUCUUCGGUGUAAAAAUGAAACUUGAGUCGCCCCAGUGAAGAGCUCCUCCGGUGCGGAGGGGGAUGCUUGAUUGCUGUGCCCGGCACAGAGCGGCGGGACGGAGCUCAUGUUCCUGCGGCGCACGGAACAAAGUUUGCUGCGCUUCUCCCGGACACGGUUCCACUUUCUCUGACACGCCGCUGCUGUGACCUCUCCUCGGCGGUGGGGUCCCCCCCCGGCUCCGGCUCCGGCUGUGUCCACCAUGUCCAAACCCGCGCUGAAGAAGAGCCACUGGACCUCCAGGGUGACCGAGAGCUCCGUGGCCAAAGACGCCCGCGGAGAGCUCAACGUGCCGCUGCGAGGCGGCGCGGAGAGCGGGGAGUUCGCCCACAUCGGCCCGGUGAACCAGGACCUGGUGCUUUGCAAAACUGGGAAAUUAAUCGAAGGGGAGCUGCUGCUGGAGGUGGAGAACCUCUCCAUCUCGGGAUUACCCCUGUACGACGUGCAGACACUGAUUAACAACUGCAAAGGGGCCGUCAGGUUGAAAAGUGUGAGACAAGGAAACAAGCUUAACAAGGACCUGAAGCAUUAUCUGAGCCUGCGCUUCCAGAAGUCCUCGGCUGACCACGAGCUGCAGCAGACCAUCCGAGACAACCUCUACCGUCACGCCGUGCCUUGUACAACCCGUUCCCCACGUGAAGGAGAAGUUAGUGGCGUGGACUACAACUUCCUCUCAGUGGAGGACUUCCUGGAAUUGGAAAAGAGUGGGACCCUGUUGGAGAUAGGAACGUAUGACGGUAACUAUUAUGGGACGCCCAAGCCGCCGGUGCAGCCCCCCGGUGGGAAAGUGAUUAGCCGUAGCGGUAGCAGUGGUGAUGCCCCACUGCCAGACGGGCUCAGCCGUAGCCUACCAGGCUCGCAGAACUCCACUCCCCGACGUUCCAAGUCCUACCAUGAUAUGCACAAUGCUGGAGUAGGGCCCGUACAGCAUCAGCAGGAGGACGACGAGGACCUCCCUGACAUGAACAGUAGCUUUACAGGAGACUCCAGUGAAUUAGACGAGAUUCAUCACUCGGUGCGCCCCUACAUCCCGCGCCAGAGUGAACCGGUCUAUCCUGGGAGGACCCCCUCACCAUCGGCCACCACGGAGAGCACACAGCAGUCACACUCUCACCCGAGCCAUCCUCCCCCGGAGGACCCACAGGGACCUCUGCCUGAUAACUGGGAGAUGGCCUACACCGAGAAUGGGGAGGUCUACUUUAUAGACCACAGUACAAAAACCACCUCCUGGAUAGACCCUCGGUGCCUGGACAAGCCUCAGAAACCCCUGGAAGAAUGUGAAGAUGAUGAGGGUGUGCAUACAGAGGAGCUGGACAAUGACCUAGAACUUCCACCAGGAUGGGAGAAAAUAGAUGAUCCAGUGUAUGGGGUCUACUAUGUUGAUCAUAUCAACAGGAAGACCCAGUAUGAGAAUCCAGUGCUGGAGGCUAAAAGGCGCAGGCAGCUGGAGCAGCAGCCUCAGCCGCAAAGCCAGCAGCCACCUGAAGGUGAGCGCUACAUCCGAGAAUGGAUCGAGGACUCGACAUUGGCUGGUGCCCCUCUGGCCAGCUAUGCUGCCCACCACCAGGAGACCUACAGGGACCCUCAGACAGCACCCCCAGUCCCCAACGCCAUGGGACAAAAACGGGGGAAGCCUUUCUUUACUCGGAACCGAUCAGAGCUGAAUGGGACUUUCAUCGACACCAAGCUGAAAAAGAGUCGCCGGGGGUUCGGCUUCACUGUCGUAGGAGGCGACGAGCCAGACGAGUUCCUACAGAUAAAGAGUCUGGUCCUUGAUGGACCUGCAGCCCUGGAUGGCAAGAUGGAGACAGGUGAUGUAAUCGUGAGCGUCAACGAUACAUGUGUACUUGGCUACACCCAUGCCCAAGUUGUAAAGAUCUUCCAGUCCAUCCCAAUUGGCUCCAUGGUCAACUUGGAGCUGUGCCGUGGCUACCCACUCCCCUUUGAUCCCGAUGACCCCAACACCAGCCUGGUUACCUCAGUGGCUAUUCUUGAAAACAAAGAUCCCAUCAUCGUCAACGGCCAGGAGGCCACCAAAAGCUACGACUCCCCAUCCAGCCACGGCAGUCAGAACAACAACAACAUCUUGAACAACGGAGGCGCACCCCUCAAUGGCCUCCCGCGAUCCCACAGCCCCUCCGCUGAGUUGGCCUCCGAUACCUCUUCCCAGCACGGCUACCCCAGCGACUCGGUCACCCUGGCCUCAUCCAUCGCCACGCAACCAGAACUCAUCACCGUACACAUGGAGAAAGGAGACAAGGGCUUCGGCUUUACCAUCGCCGACAGUCCCGGAGGUGGGGGGCAGAGGGUGAAGCAGAUCGUGGACUACCCUCGCUGCCGUGGUCUCAAGGAGGGGGACAUCAUCGUGGAGGUGAACAAGAGAAACGUGCAGAGCAUGUCUCACAACCAGGUGGUCGACAUGCUCAGCAAGUGUCCCAAAGGCAGAGAGGUCACCAUGCUGGUGCAGAGAGGGGUGGCCCCUGCAAAGAAGAGCCCCAAACUGCAGUUAUCACGGAAGGACAGUCAGAACAGCUCCCAGCAUAGCGUUUCCAGCCACCGGAGCGCCCACACAGAUUCGCCCGUGCACCUGUCCCUGGCUCCGCCUCUCAACGAGAACUCCGCUCCCCCGCCACCCUCUCAGCCGCUGCCAGGCCUGCCGCCCCAGGACAUCCCGGCAGACGGGACCAUCCAGAGAAAGCCGGACCCCUUUAAGAUUUGGGCCCAAUCCAGGAGCAUGUAUGAAAGUAGGCAACCAGACUUCCAGGAGCAGGACAUUUUCCUGUGGAGGAAGGACACAGGGUUCGGCUUCAGGAUUCUCGGAGGCAAUGAGGCCGGAGAGCCGAUCUACAUUGGCCACAUAGUGAAGUUUGGUGCUGCAGACGAGGACGGGCGCCUGCGGUCGGGCGAUGAGUUGACAUGCGUGGACGGCACAGCGGUGGUGGGCAAGUCGCACCAACUGGUGGUGCAGCUGAUGCAGCAGGCGGCCAAGCAGGGCCACGUCAACCUCACUGUGCGGCGUAAAACCAACUACACCGCCAAAGCUGAGGGAGACGUCCCUCCGUCGCCAGCAUCCUCCCACCACAGCAGCACCCAGGCACCCAGCCUGACAGAAGAGAUAGGCAAGCGCACCCCCCAGGGCAGCCAGAACUCCCUCAACACCGUCAGCUCCAGCAGCGGCUCCACCUCCGGCAUCGGCAGCGGGGGAGGGGGCGGAGGCGCAGGGGGCAGCGGCAACACCGUCGUCCCGGCCGUGGCCGCCACCAACUCCUCUCAGCCCCUCAAUGCCAACUCCACUGCCUCCUCCACCAUGCAGCCAUACGACGUGGAGAUCCACCGCGGCGAGAACGAAGGAUUCGGCUUCGUCAUCGUCUCGUCCGUGUCGCGGCCCGAAGCCGGCACCACAUUCGCUGGCAAUGCAUGUGUUGCCAUGCCCCACAAAAUAGGGCGCAUCAUCGAGGGGAGCCCGGCAGACCGCUGCGGGAAGCUGAAAGUGGGCGACCGCAUCCUGGCCGUGAACGCAUGCUCCAUCACCAACAAGUCGCAUUCUGACAUUGUCAACCUCAUCAAGGAGGCCGGGAACACCGUCACGCUACGCAUCAUUCCUGGAGACGAGUCGUCAAAUGCAUCUUUGUUGACCAAUGCAGAGAAGAUUGCCACCAUAACCACCACUCACACACCUCAGCAACAAGCCGCGCCGGAGGCCAGGAAUAACACCAAACCAAAACAAGAAUCGUUUGAAUUCAAACCCCCACAAGGACCUCCUCCCCAGGCCCCGACACAAGUCUCAUCUCAGGAUUCUGAGUUCUACUCAGUGGACCUGGACCGAGACAACAAAGGCUUUGGCUUCAGUCUGCGCGGAGGCAGAGAAUACAACAUGGACCUGUACGUGCUGAGGUUAGCUGAGGACGGAGCGGCCGUACGGAACGGAAAGAUCAGGGUUGGUGAUGAGAUCCUGGAGAUCAACGGCGAGAGCACAAAGGGCAUGAAGCACGCAAGAGCCAUCGAGCUCAUCAAGAGCGGAGGCCGGCGCGUCCAUCUGGUGCUCAAGAGGGGUGACGGCUCUGUGCCGGAAUAUGACGGCAGCCCUAACGACAGCAUCACAGCCAACGCAGCCACAGGGUUACAAAACGCUGCGGAAGUGAGCACCCUGCCCGCAACCAACGCACCAUCGGAGUUAAGUUACCCACCAGAACCCCAACAACCAUCCCGGAGCAAGAAGGAGUCGGGCCACAAGUCUACCCGCACCGGCAAGCCGCACCAUUCCAAGCAUCGCCACAGCUCCCCACACAAGAAAACCAGCACGGGAAAACACAAGGAGAAAAAGUCUACGGGGAAGGACCCACUGAAGGUGUUCAAAAAGAAGGAUGGCAAGGGGAGUGACAACCACCACCACCAUUCCAGCGGGCAGCAUCGUAGUCGCCACCGUUCGCCCGACAGGAAGAAUGGCAGGACUCGUAGUGCAGACAACACCCUCAAUAGCCGUCAUAAGGGACACCACCAUGGUCGCUCCCCUGACAGACGCCAUGGCCACCGCUCUCCCCAUCGUUCUCCUUAUCGCUCGCCUCGCCGCCACAGGUCUCCCCAACGCUCUCCCCACCGCCAUCGGCACAAGUCCCCCACAAGACGCCACGCCCACUCCUCCGACCCCUACCGCCGGUAUGCCUCCCCACAGAGACCGAGCUACAGCAAUGAAAAGCCCAACGGGGCUGUUGCCGCAUUGAAGGAGCGACCCAAGACUCCUGAACUCAGCUUCCCGUUUGAGGACAGCAUCCUCCGAGAGGCCCCGGCUCUGGACCGCCUGAACCGCGAGCCCACGAUUCCAUCACUGCGAAGGGAGGAGCACCUGUAUGGCGAGGAUAGCCUGCUGAUGAGAGCCUCCUCUGGGGACAGAGCCUACAACGGGGACAGCCUGCUGAGGGACAUGGCGACUCGGGGCCAGAGAGACACCACCUUGCCCAGAGUGCGCACCCCCGACUCAGAUUCCGCCUACAAGAGGUACAGCUCACUGCUGAGGGGGCGUUCACCUGAGAGGACGGAUAGGGACACGCGCUACAACAGCAGAGAUAGUACUCCCGAGUCGCAGUACCGAGCCCGAAGCCUGGGACGUGACAUCUCCCCGAUCAGGAGUCCCAGAAGAGACAACUCAGAAGACGAAGAGGAUGAUGACAUGUUCGUAGCGGCUAAAGUGAAAGAGUACUACAGCACGCUCCAGACCGACACCAGUAAGUCGUCCAGGCCCUCGCUCCCCGAGCCCAAGAAGACCUACAAGGACAACCCCAAAGACCUGAGUAUCUGAUUGGACGGCUGUCAGCCAAUCACAGCAGGCAACCCACAAUACACCUCAAGUACUAGCUCAUAUUACCACUUGGUUCUACAGAAAUGCACCCAGCUAUGUAUUCACACACAGACACACAUUAUGUAACAGCAUUGAGUUACGAACAAGACAGUGAUUCCAAAAUGAUUUUUUUUGAAAGCUGUUUAUUUUUUCUUUUCUUCGAUUGUAUGUUUCAUUUUUUUCUCCCUUGUUUUUGUUGAAGCAUUCUACAUUUACAGUAACUCAGACUUUUCCAGAAAAUGUAAAACCAUAAAAAACAAUGAUGUGCCUAACAGUUUUCCAUUAACGAGCAACUUUUUUUUUGUUGGUUUGAUUUGAUAUGUGGCAGGCGCUUUGUGACGCGCUGUCAGAUGAAGACAUGUCUGUACUUUUCCACACGGAUCCCAUGGAAGAGCCGCGCACCUGGAUGACUGUAACCGGUGCUCACAAUGAUGCUGUGCAUGUCUUUACCGGUUUCAAUGUCUCUCUCUCUCUCUCUUUCCCUCUCUCGCUCUCUCUCUCCUGCCUUCAUUCUCUCCCUCUCUUGCUGUCUCUGCCCUGCCUUCAUUCUCUCUCUCUCUCUCUCUCUCUCUCUCUCUCUCUCU